AUGGCUGGUUUCUCCACAUUCAUCAUCUUUACCUCUGUCCUCUGUCAGCUCCCAGUGACAGCAACUUCUGGACCUCUGAAGGAAGUGGUUGGUGCCCUUGGUGGAUCUGUGACCUUCACUGUGAGUUUCCCAGAAAAACAGAUUGACACUGUUAUAUGGACCUUCAAUACAUUCACUGUUGCCAUCGUAAAUAAGGACAAUGCCAAAGUGCUCCAAAAUCCUAAGAAAGAAAAAAUACUCUUCCCAGAUGGAAGCUACUCCAUGAAACUCAGCCAGCUGAAGAAGAAUGACUCGGGUGUCUACCGUGCAGAGAUUCACAGUACAUCACUUCAGUCUCCCUUCACCCAGGAGUAUGUGCUGUAUGUCUAUGAGACUCUGUCAGCACCAAAAGUCACCACGGAUGAGCAACCCAGCAAGAAUGGCAGCUGCACAACAAAACUGACAUGCUCCGUGGAAGAGGAAGGAGACAAUGUGACUUACAGCUGGAAAGCCAUCGGGCAGGGAGCCCAUGAGCUUCAUGAUGGUGCCAUCCUCCCCAUCUCUUGGAAAUUGGGAGAGAAAGAAAAGACCUUAAUUUGCAUGGCCAGGAAUCCCAUCAGCCACAGUUCCUCGAACCCCGUCCUUGCCCGGAAUCUUUGUGAAGAUACUGCCAACCUGGACAAAAGUUCACCCAGGUUCAUCCUAUACACUCUACCAGUGGCCAUCGUGUUCAGUCUCACGCUGAUUAUUGCCUUUGCUGUUCGGACAGAGAAAGGAAAAGGCUCCAAGAAAGACACAGAGAGAGUGGACAACUUCUGUCCCUUGGAAGAGAAUACAGAAUAUGCCACAAUCCCUUAUAUUAACGAAAGGAGUCUGGAAGAUGAUGCAGCAAACACACUUUAUUCCACUGUGCAGAUCCCCAAAGCAGUGAAGAGUCCCAGCUACCUGCCUGCAGAGCCACCUAUGUGGAGGCAAUUAAGCUUUGAAAAUAUUAUCUAG